GCUGGAGGGGGGGAAGCGAUGGCAGCCCCGGUGAAAGCAGCAUCAGCUCUCCUGGUUCUCACCGUGGCAACUGCCUUGUGCGCGGAGGUGGAGGAGCGGCUGGUCAGUCACCUGUUGUCACCGGAGCGCUACAAUAAGCUGAUCAGACCAGCUGUUAACAACAGCCAGCAGGUCACCAUUUACAUCCAGGUGUCUCUGGCUCAGCUGAUCAAUGUGAAUGAAAGAGAGCAGAUCAUGACCACCAACUGUUGGCUCACUCAGGGUUGGAAUGACUACAGAUUAAUGUGGGAUCCUGAAGAGUACGAGGGAAUUAAGAAAAUCCGACUCCCGUCACAACACAUCUGGCUGCCAGAUAUUGUCCUCUAUAACAAUGCUGAUGGGACCUACGAAGUGUCUUUCUACUCCAACGCUGUGGUUUCCAACAACGGUGAGGUUGCCUGGCUCCCACCGGCAAUCUACAAGUCGGCUUGCAAAAUUGAAGUCCGCGAUUUCCCCUUCGACCAGCAGAACUGCACGCUCAAGUUUCGCUCUUGGACCUACGACCACACUGAGAUCGAUCUUAUCCUCCUCAGUGAUUUUGCUUCACGUGACGACUUCAAACCCAGCGGUGAGUGGGACAUAGUCUCACUGCCUGGACGGAAGAACGAAGACCCGAAUGAUAUCAGAUACCUGGAUAUCACCUAUGACUUCAUUAUCAAAAGGAAACCUCUGUUCUACACCAUCAACCUGAUCAUCCCCUGCAUCCUGAUCACAUCUUUAGCUAUUCUGGUCUUCUACCUCCCAUCAGACUGUGGUGAGAAGAUGACUCUUUGUAUCUCCGUCCUUCUGGCCCUGACUGUGUUUUUACUCCUGAUCUCUAAGAUUGUGCCACCCACAUCUUUAGCAGUGCCUCUGAUUGGGAAGUACCUGAUGUUCACCAUGGUGCUGGUCACCUUCUCCAUUGUCACUAGCGUUUGUGUUCUCAAUGUGCACCAUCGGUCUCCCAGUACUCACACCAUGCCAGCUUGGGUCAAACGCGUUUUCUUGUACCGACUCCCGUCCUUCCUCUUCAUGCGGAGACCUGGCAGCUCCAACAUUCGUGAGAAGUUUCGGAAAAAACACCAGAAGCAGAAGUACUCUGAUCAGAAGCGGUGUGGGGCGGACGGUGGGAUGGGAGGCACCGCCGGGAUGGCCGAUUCGUCCUCGUCCCUGUACAUCAAUGAGGACUCAGCCAAACGCUACGGCUGGAGGAUCGGCGACCUGUCGGAGAACACCGAGUUCAGGAAGAGGAUGACGCUCAAGAGCAACAUCGACGUGGAGGACGCGGUGGAUGGAGUCCGCUACAUCGCAGAGAAGAUGAAGAGUGAGGAUGAUGAUGAGGGGAUCAUUGAAGACUGGAAAUAUGUGGCGAUGGUGAUCGACCGUCUCUUUCUGUGGAUCUUCGUGUGUGUUUGUGUUGUCGGGACAAUGGGCCUCUUCAUGCAACCUCUGUUCCAGAGUUACAACACCCCCAUUGUCGAAGACAUGGAGCAUAACUGAAAACCUAACUUCGAUGUUAACAUGACCCAGAAAUUAACUUUUUGAUCUGAUCCCUCCAGAAAGAGCUGUUAACAUUUCAACACCUCGCACAUCGGCCCCUCACCACACCCUGUCUAGGAAACCGUAAAGAUGCACUUUAGCCUUCCUCCAUCACCGACUACCCCACCCCCCCUGCUGCCACGGUCAUGAGAAAUUAACAGAGAAAGCAGCAUAUAUUAAAUCACUAAAUCAAACAUUCUCCAGACAGGCAGACGACAAAAAACGCAAUGAAUUUAUAAUCUAAUUUCAGUUAGUCACUAAAUAACACUCUUUUUAUGUCUAGGAGGAAAUAAAGGGCAAAACUAUAUGAAAACACUGAAGUUUAAUAGACUAUAAAGAUAUUUUUAAACUCAAACUGCGAGGCUAAAUGACUUUUAAGCCACGGUACUCUCAGCUGGAGAUUAGCCUGCAGAUCUCCAACAAAUGAAAUGUAGCAGUG